AUGGCCCGUCGUAAUGCCCAUGCCCUGCUUGACUACUCGGUCACUGCUGACCCCCGCAUGCUGCUGGCGGUCCAGAGGCACCUGGCUGCAUCACAGGAUGAGAACGGAGACACGCCUUUGCACCUCGCUGUUAUCCAUGAGCAGACGGCUGUGAUCAAGCAGCUGAUUGAGGUUGUUGUUAGCAUCCCCAGCCAGCAGAUCAUCAACAUCUCCAACAACCUGCAGCAGACACCGCUGCAUCUGGCAGUCAUCACCAAGCAGCCCCAAGUGGUCCAGCUCCUGCUGCAAGCCCGCGCUGACCCCACCUUGCUGGACCGCUACGGGAAUUCCCUGCUACACCUGGCGCUCCAGGCUGGUGAUGAAGAGAUGCUGAGGACACUGCUGGCCCACCUGGGCUCAGCUACUCCAUACCUGCUCCACUUGCCCAGUUUCCAUGGCCUCCUGCCCGUUCAUUUGGCUGUGAAGGCAAAGAGUUUGGCCUGCCUGGACCUGCUGGUCAGGAAGGGAGCAGACGUGAACGCAGUGGAGAGGCAGGGCGGGAGGACCCCGCUGCACCUGGCUGUGGAGAUGGAGAACCUGAACAUGGCCACCCACCUGGUGAAGAAGCUGGGAGCAGAUGUCAACAGGCGGACCUUUGCGGGGAACACGCCCCUGCAUCUGGCUGCAGGCCUGGGCUCCCCCACCCUCACCAAACUGCUCCUCAAAUCUG